CCCAGGGGGCAGCAGAGGCGGCGGCUCCACCGGCUUCAUCCUCCUAGACUCGGAGCCGCGGCGUCCGGAUCCGGGGGAGACUUUGACGGAUCUGCGGGGCCGAGAUGGGCGGCGGGGACCUGAAUCUAAAGAAAAGCUGGCACCCACAGACUCUGAAAAAUGUUGAACGGGUGUGGAAAGCAGAACAGAAACAUGAAGCGGAAAAGAAAAAGAUUGAGGAGCUUCAGAGGGAGCUUCGCGAGGAGCGAGCUCGUGAGGAAAUGCAGCGCUAUGCGGAGGAUAGCGGUGCCCUGAAGAAGAAGUCAGAUAGGCUUGAUUGGAUGUAUCAAGGACCUGGCAGUUUGGUGAACAAGGAGGAAUACUUGCUGGGCAGACCCAUUGACAAAUAUGCUACAGACAAGAUGGUGGAUGAAGAAUCUGGGCCUUCUUCUGAAACUGGGUUGCUGCCUGGCUCUAUUUUUUUAGCCACAGGGGCUAACUCUGCAUUGGAUAUGGCUUCUAAAAUACGAGAAGAUCCACUCUUUAUGAUCAGGAAACGUGAGGAAGAAAAAAAGAGAGAAGUUUUAACUAACCCCAUGAAAAUGAAGAUGAUCAGAGAAAUAUUGCAAAAGAACUUGGACAAAACAGAAAAAAAGAAAAAGGACAAGAAGAAGAAGCACAAGAAACAUCGACGAUCUAGCCCCAGUGUUGACGAGCAGCAUAAAGCCAAAAGGCAUGAAAAGGCUGCAAGUCCAUCAUUCACAUCUGUUCCGAAGAAGCUACCUGGGUAUGGCUUGAAGGUGAAAGAUUCUCACAGCAUUAUUCAGCGACACGGUUCCCCAUCCUCCGACCCAGCUAAAGUAUCUCAUAAGAUCAGAUCCAGGUCACGGUCAGGAAGCCGCUCCCAGAGAGUCCCGCAGCAAUCUCACACAGACAUCAGACGUGAAGAUUCACGGCAUAGAAGAUCCAGAUCAAUGUCACGGUCACCUCCAAGACACUCAAAAGAGCAUUCGAGGUACUCUGACAAGGUUGGAACUGUCCAAGCACGAAAGUCAUCCCCAACAAGAGGAGGUUACCAUAGGAGGCCUUACCCUAAUCAGUCCAGAAAAAUUUCAGCAGAGGAGCUGGAACGCAGGCGGCUAGAGAUGAUGGAGGAUGCAAAAUGGAACGACAAAGCUCGCCAAUGUAACAUCAGACAGUACAAAGAGGAAGAAGAAAAAGAACGGGAACUGGAGCGAAGUGAUACUGGAGAAGGAAAAUUUCUCCACAAAAUGAAGCUACAAAGUACUGCAACUUCUUCAGUAGAAGAUCGUGUGAAACGUAAUAUUCAUUCCAUUCAGCGGACACCUGCAGCCCUGGAGAAGAACUUCAUGAGGAAGUGAACUUGGCCUUACAGUACAAACGUGAGCUGAGAUUCUGUAGGAGGAAACAGUACGUGGAAAAUAUGGUAGCCUUCCCUUGGACAAAUAUCUAGCGAGUUCUGAAGAAGAGUCAUUUUGGAUUCAAACGUUAACUGUUUCUCUCUCUCCACAGAUGCUGCCAGACCUGAGUUUUUCCAGCAAUUGCUGUUUUUAUGUUAUAUAUUUUUUUUUAAAAAUCAGGACCUAGAAAUUACCAUUGCUCAGGGAAAUGGACUUGAAUGCACAGAAAACACCUUGUUUAAGAUUGGUUUUGCCCUCUCCCAAAUUCCCACAAUCAACCACAACCAAAAAUGUUUGGUCUCACUGAAAGUAUCGAUCCACAAAGGGCUAAAGCCCAAUAAAUUACCCUACUUGUACCUGAGAAAUCGUUGCGACAAACCUACAGCAUUGACCAUUAAAUCCCCUGUGGAUUGCCCAGGGUCAGGAACAGUUGGUGUUUAGAUGUUAACCUGGCCUGUUCUGUUAAGGCCACCACCCUUAAGCUGCCGAGGGAAAUCCAAGGGCAAUUGUAACUGCUUGUAAAUUUCAGGCUCUUGUCAAAGAAAAAAAAUUACAUCUGUAACAAGAUGCGACACCUGGGGUGUGACAUACACAGACACACAAUACACAAAAUUGUUACAUAUAGAUAGUAAAUUUCUGUGGUGUUACAAGAUAAGAGUUGGGAGAGAGAUUUCUGAACCUCACUCCAGAUGACGGAUCAAAACCUGCAACCACAUUGUGACAGUUCACAUAGCAAAAUUAAAUAGGAAAUAUUGACAUUGCAAAUUUUAUAAUAGUAAGUGUUGAUAGAAGUGUGUUACCAAACAUCAUGACAACAGGAAGUAAGAUUUAUGGACAUUACUUGUGUAGGAUGAGUAAUAAUAGGUAGAUCUGGAUGUGCAUCCAUUGCGAAUUUUAAAAAAAUUAUUUUCUUUUCUUCACCUAUUUUGAACCAAUUCUCAACCAGUAGAUGAAUUUCCCCUCCCAGGACUUUUUUGGAUUGACUGCAUUCAUUUCCUGGAAUUCCUUACCCACAUUCCCAAUAGGUUGAUCAAAUUGAGGAAGUGCGAGUCAAACUGUCAUCAUGCCACUCCCUUUGAGUAUUUAAGUUCUUAACCUGCUGGUGCCAUUGGGGUUAGUGAGGUUAUGAACAGCCAGAACCUGCCUUAUAUUACAAACAUGAAAUAGGCCACACCCAGCAUUCUUUCCCCACAGACACCUUGUCCAAUGACAACUACACCAAGUGGGGUACAUACCCACUAAGCCAGUAGGGAGGUGAAGUAGGCUGAAUUCUACUGAACAUUGACACAGGAUUCUGCUACACCAACUUGUAUCUAGUGUAAAUAAUUAUCAACAGUAUUUGGUUACCUGAAGCGCAUAUUAUCAAGAAUGACACUUUUCAUCUGUUUGCACAAAAUAUCUGUAAAUAACCAAGAAUGGUUGGCGAUUUAUUUGAUAUUUUUAUUAAAGCUUGUGUAUAAUUCUGAGUAAAUUUCAUUGGCACAGAAGUUGCUAAUUUUAUGGUUAUUUUGUACAUUUUAAAUUAUAGUAAAACCAUUUUCAAACUGG